AUGGCUUCCAUACGGCCCGCACGGCGAACAUUCGCCAUACUCGCCAUUCUUUUAGCGUUCUGUUCAGCCCAGAACCUCACCUCGAGCAAGCGCGGCCUGUGCUACGUCGCAAGCUCACACUCCAGCUCAGACGACUCGAUAUGGACGUCAUCAGGCUCAGACCUGACAUGGUACUACAAUUACCAAGCCAGCCCCACGAGUUCCAUCUCCGGCAGCAGUCUCCAAUUCGUCCCAAUGCAGUGGGGAGCUCCAACAAGUGACACCGACAUGACCUUCUUCAAUACCGUCCAAGGUCUAAUCAAUGGAGGACAAAAGAUCCCAUACGUGCUUGGCUUCAAUGAGCCAGAUGGCUGUGUUAGCGGUGGUUCAUGCAUUAGCGCUCAACUCGCGGCGCAGACGUGGAUACGCGAGGUCGAGCCGCUGAAGAAGCAAUACGGCGUCAGGCUGGGCGCGCCAGCAGUCACAGGCUCCCCGAUGGGCUUCGUAUGGUUGCAAAGCUUCUUCACUGCAUGCGCUGGAAACUGCACGCCCGACUUCAUCCCUGUUCAUUUUUACGGGUCGUUUGAAGGCCUUGCAAGCCAUAUCGGUCAGGUUAAUGCGACGUAUCCGAAUAUGACCAUGUGGGUCACGGAGUAUGCGUACGCAAACGUGACGCUACAGGAGAGCCAGAGCUUCUAUAAUCAGUCCGAAGCCUUUCUGGACCGUUUGAGCUAUGUUACGCACUACUCCUACUUCGGCGCCUUCCGGUCCGAUGUGUCGAAUGUCGGGCCAGAUGCAGCAAUGCUAACGCAGAAAGGUCAGCUAACGGACAUUGGUGCGUGGUAUCUUGGUCAGAGAGCUACCGGAAACGUACCGAAGGGCGGCAGUGCUCGCUCCGUUCGCUUUGCGGGUUGGGCCGUGGUCGUGGCCGCGGUGUGUCUAUGGGCUGCCAAUUAA